CUGAACCAGUGAACCCCAGACUGCCAAAGCAGAGUGUGCAGACUUAACCACUUGGUCAUGAGACCAGCCCCUGGGAGGUUUCUACUGACCUAUGUUCAACCUCACUGAUUCUUUCCUUAGCCUUGUGCAGUCUAAUAAUAGCCCAUUAAGGCAUUCUUCAUUUCUGUUACAAUGUUUUUGAUUUCUAACUUUUGAUUCUUUCUUCGAAUCUCUCUGUUUAUAUUACCCAUGUAUUCUUGCAUGCUUGCCACUUUUUUUCAUUAGAGCUCUUAACAUAAUAAUCAUUGUUAUUUUAAAUUACUUGUCUGAUAAUUCCAACUUUUGUGUCAUAUCUGAGUUUGGUUCUGAUGAUUAUUUUGUCUCUACACAUUGUGUUUUUUCUUGCCUUUUUACAUGUCUUGUAAUUUUUGUUGAAAGCUAGGCAUCUUAUAUCAGGUCAUCAGAACUGAGGUCUUUGGUGUGCUGAUUUAUGAUAAUCCGGCAAGUAGUUGGGUUGUGUUUAGUAUUUGCUGUAGCUAUCAAUGACAGAGGAUUCAAAUUCCUCUAGUACUUUUGUUUUUGUCCCUCCUCCUGAGUCCUUGACUUUUGACCUCUCUAAAUACUCCACCUCAGAGAGUGUCUAUGUAUCACAGCUCUUUGAGAUGUAAUCUAUCAUUACUAUCCUGGAGCCUGUAGGUGUGGUCGUAAGGUAUUGGGGAGUAGGAGAAUUCUAUAAUCUUCCAAAUAAAUCUCAGUGUUUUACUAGGCCUGUCUCUUGGAGCUGUGAUCUUCACAAAUAGUCUCCAGCAGUAUAGAUUUCUCGACUUCCCACCACUACCUUCCUUACCUGGCUGUAGUUUUCCCAAACUAUUUUGUUGAAGAUCUUCUCCUGUUAACUAUGUUUUUAUUUUUCCCUCCUUCAGGUGAGAUAGGAAGUACAGAGGGGGCUGGAGUGGGAGGAAUGUCCUUUCCCCACUGAGGAUAAGGUCUGGCAAAGUCUUUUCCCUUAGAGUAUAGGACUGUGUUAUGGAGAAGGCUCUUUGUCAAAUUGCUAUUUUAGUGUACCUAUUAGUUUAAGGAUCCAACAACUGUGCUGCAAGUAAGCAGAUCUUGACUGUAUAUCUGGAUGAGCCUGUCUCUGCACAUUUGCGGGUGGAAGUUUGUCCUACAACUUCAGUUCUCUGCUUAGUCCAGGAAAAGUAGUUGAUUUUCAGCUUGUUCAGCUCUUCCGUGUUGUAAGGAUGAGAGCGACAACUUCUAAGCUCUUCACAUGUCUCACUUGAAACCAGGGUCAUUGUUUAUUUUUUUAAAGCAUAGUAUAUUCCAUGUAAUAUAUUCCACUAUACAGAGGUAGAGAGUAUGUCAUGUUCACUGUUGUAUCCAUCAGUUUCAGUUAAGUAUGUGAAACCAAGCAGACAGUGAAUAAUUAUCUGUUAUAUGGAUAGCAGGAUGGAUGGAUGGAUGGAUGGAGAAAUGAAGAUUCAUAAAACAAAUUGUGAAAGCCUGGUAUGAAGCAAUAAUGGAGCAAAGAACUUAGGGAGAAAAAAGAAGGGAAUGUAAUUUUAUUAAUUAAUUAUAUAAGAUAAGCCUAGGGAAGAAGUCAAAAGUGAAAGAUGAGGAGAAUUAGAAUGGAGAGGUUUGUUUAGGAGAAUUGGAGAGAAAUUGAAGGAGCGCUCACUCCGCACCACCAGUCUAGUAUUUUUUGAUGCCCGUUCUAUACCCACCCUUUCUCAAAGCCUUCGCUGGCAACUCUGGAUGUCUUUUUCUUUCUCUCAUGCUGUAUAUAAAAAGACUAUUCAUUUUGGCUAAAAUUCAAUAUAAUGUAGCAGAACUCAACUUAAUUCAAAUUAAAGCAAGACACCAUUUUUUCCGGCAUGUGAAGAAUGAAGAAAUAAAUCAUAAUGCCAAGUGAUUAACAAGUUGACAGGGAUACCAACACAUUUCUAACCUCCUGGUUAAAUUAUACUCAUUUCUAGAAAUUAAUUUGGCAGUAUAUAGCAACAUUUUAACAAUGUGUGUAACUUUUGAGUCCAUUAUUUUAUUUCUAAGAAUUUGUUCUAUGAAAUAACGUAAGAUUCGUUUACACAUUUUUCCUAACAUAUUUUUUAGUUGCUUGUAAUAUCCCAGAAAGUUAAGGCACUGAUAAGAGAGCAGACAAAAAAUAAAUAAAUAAACGAACAAAAAAAGUUCCAAGUCACAUAGAGCUUAAAUUUCAUUGGAAAAGAUUCAUAAUAAAUAAUAAAUACAUAAAUAUAUAGCAUGGUUAGGGUGAUGAGUGCUACGAAGAGAACUAAAGCAAAAUAAAAGGGCAUGUAGAGACUGAAUUCUGUUUUAUACUGAGGAGGCAGGGUUGGUAUCUCUGAUGUGUUGGCUUUGACCAGAGAGCAAGUGAAGGAAGGAAGUGGGAUGUUCUGGUCUCCGGAGGAAGAGCACUGAGCAUUGCAGGCACAGAAAAGCAAGUGCAAAGCCUCAAGUCGUGCACAUGCUUGUUAUGUUUGAGAAACAGCAAGGGGGUCUGUGAGCUAGAGCAGGAUGUGUGAAGGGGAGGGUCGUAGAGAGGAAGACAGGUAAGUAACUAGGGGCCAGAUCAUGGAGGAUCUUUCAAGGCCAAAGCAAGGAAUUUGAAUUCUCUUCUGAGACAUAUGAAAAAUUACUGGAGUAUUAUAAUAAGAAUGACAUGAUCUAGUUUAGAUUUUAAAAUAACCACUGUGACAAGGAGCAGGGCCUGAAUGGAAACGAGUUCAAAUAUUGUUGCAGCAAUUCAGCCAAGAACUGAUACAAGCUUGGAUUGUGGGGGUGGCAGUGGAAGCAGGUGCUAAGUAGGUAGAUUCCGGGUUCGCAAGAUAGAAUCAUCAGAAUGUGCUCCUGGACUGGGUGUGAUAAAUGGGAGAAAGACAGACUUCAAAGACAGUUCAAGGUUUUUGGCCUGAGAAGCUGAAUGAAAAUCACUGACAUUAACUGCGAUGGGGAAAACUACAAGAAAAGUAGAUUUGAGAUGAAAGUCAACAAUUCAAUUUUGACAAGAUAAAUUUGAGACGCUUACUUGAUAUUCAAGUGGGGAUGUCAUGUAUGCUGCAGGAAAUAUAGUAUAGGAAUUCAGAGGAGAAGUCAUCCGGAGAUAUGUGCAAUGACCGUGUUAUAAGAAUGUUUACCACAUUGGUGUUUAUCAGAGUGAAAAUUUUAAAAAUUCAAAUAUCCAUAACUGGAGGCUUUCUAAUAUGCAUCAGAGGCAGGCAAUCUGGCUGAAAGUCCGAGCUCAUAACCAUUGCCCCAUAUAGCAUUGUGCUUACUCCAAUAGGUCAAGUAUGCAAGUGUUGUCGACAAAGAUUACAAACCCACUGAGGGUCAAGUCAUUUCUUAUCAUUCAUAUCCUAUACAGCAUCUAGAAUUUCUUGAUUUGAAUUCUGGCAAUAGAGCUGUCUGCUCUACACAGAAGGAUCUUAUGAAACCAUAUGUUUUUAGAGGCUAAUUGAUUUUAAUCCUUUAAAAACAUCUGGUGUUUAAAUUCUGGCUUAUUGUACAAAAAUACGGAAAAUUUUUUGUAGGGGUGUUAAUCCUUUCAUUAGUUCAUCUGUAUUUCUUUGUUAUGGUUUCUGAACCUGCCUUAUUCUUCUUGUUAUGCAAUAGUCAUAAUUUCAAUUGUAGUAUUUAAAAUUAAAAUCAAAUGGCUGAUGAAAUGCUGUGCUGAUUUUAAAAGAGCAAAAAGAAAAAAAUUUAAUGUGUCAUUUAACCUUACCCCCUCUAGUUUCCAAAUUUUGUUCCUUGCAAAAGGUCAUCUUUAUUGAUUAGCUUAAUGGAAUGCAUUGUGUAUUAGAAUCCACGUAUCCUUAGAAGUCACUUAUUUCCAGGUUAAUUGGUUUCCAGCACAUACAAAACUAACAUAUAAACACAGAGACAAGAAAAGAAAACUGAUAAGUACAUGUGCUUAUGUCAUCUAGGAUUUUUUUAAAGGGCAUUAUAAAUAAUAUGUAAAGAUGAUUUAAGCAGUUACAGACAUCAGUCCUGAUGUUCCACACUCCUCCCCCAGUUGAAGCAUUGAUUUCUGCAAAACACAGAUAAAGGGAAAUUUCAUCUGGUUUUGUUCAGAAAUUUUGUAAUACUGUGUCCAUAAUCAAGCCUCUGGCUUUGAAAUUAGCCCUAUACUUCAUCAUGCCUUGAAUAUCAUUAAGGAAUAGUGAUUUUGAAAAGAGGCGCCAUUAGCGGGUAUUAUCAGGAGACUAAAGUGCUUAUUCUUUAGGAAUGACAUUUGAUUUUCAAACAAAAUACAUUCAGGGCGUUUUGUCACCUGGCAUGAGCUACUGGCUAGUCUAAAAUCACGCGUGCAUUUUUACAAUUAGCUUUUGGAAAUAUGUAAAUAGAACACACACAUCAGUCCAGUUCGUAUCUGUUAGGAAUAAGCAUUACAUUUGCCCUAUGCACACAAAACUCUUUACCAUAGCAACCCUCAAUCAUCGUGAGGACUGAGUUUUAGGCAACUGAGAGUCAAGUCCGCUAUUAUAUUUCAUAUUGUACAUUUUUCUUUAUUGUUGGUGUGUUAGGGCAGGGACAAUGGCAAGAGUAUCUGAUAAAGCAAGAAAAAAAUCAAUUUCCCUUUGACACGAAGAGACAAAAUAAAGAUGGCAGCAUCUCCGCCACAACUUCUAGCAUGAGCGUUGAUUGCACACCAUGCCGUGGAAUUGGAAUUGAAGAGUUUCAUGAUGCACCUCUGGAUUUACGGAUGCUGAGUUUAAGGUCCACAGAAACGAGAUGACUUACUCAAAUAUGCAGUUACAGAACUAAACUAGGAUCAGAAUUCAGAUUCCAUGACUUGCGGUUAAGCAUGUUUUUCCGUGAUGCACACGUGCAUUUGUUCAGUUGCCUGUGCUGUCUGAUUGGAAGCAACACAUGCUACAGAAAUCCUCAGUCUAUUAAACUUAGCUCUAUGCCCCACUUUCCUUCCAAUUCAUUCAGUCAGACUAGCUGGGGGAAAUUUUGCAGAAUGUAUGCGGAAUUUUAGAGGGAAUCCUGCUUUCUACUGUAAUUUAUUAUUGCCUUGGCUCUUGUCAUUGUUAUAGUUUCCUUACACUGUUCUUGGAUGAACUCAGUGUGAUUUUUCUCCCAUCUGAAUACUAUUCUAUGCACCUAUCACACAUAAAGAUGUAGCAGAAUCUUGUUAAAGUGCAGCUCAUUUUGUACAAUAAUGGAACUACCAGUCACACGGAGGGAUGUACUAUUUCUGUGAAAUGAACGUCCUGAUUUCACAUAGUUAUUAUAUAACACAGAUCUUAAAUCAGUUCUCCACAUCAGUAUUACAUAGGUCUCUUUUUUUUAUUUCAGCUUUGUCCUUCAUAUUUAAACAAUAUCUUAAGGUGUCAUACCUGCUGAGAUUAGGCAACUAGACUGUUCUACCCUAUGUGUGUGACAAGGGCCACUGAUUUAUGAUCAUGUUAUUCUCAGUGCCAAUUUUUUUAAUGGGUUGAUUUUUUUUGAGUCCUGGGCAAAUGUUAUGCUUCUGGAAGAAUUCAUCUCCAUUCGGACUGCUGUCCUUGUGCUUUCUCUGUCACUGUUAUUUCUCAGCAUUGUCAGGCUCAGUGUGUCCUCGAAUCAGUCCUCUCCACUCUUGUCCUCAACCAGCAGGGUUUCUCUUUGAUAUCUGGCAUUUUCAGAUUUUGGACUGUAAACCCAGUGUGCAAAAUAUGUUACUUUUGGAAAUCUUUCUCUAUAACUAUGAUACCACAUCUCUGAGAUUCAGAUAGUGUUCUUUGGCAUCUAGGAAACAAUAGAGGUAUAUUCUAGAGCAGGUUCAGCAUCUGCACUGAAAGGACCCCAGUUUGAUCACUUGGAGGACUUUAAAUAGCAUUGAAUUGGAAGUAUUUCACAUGACCUGGAAGCCUGGAUCAACACCAGCUGCUAGUUUCCCCGUUGCCUUCUGUGCUGGACCAGGCGCUACUGGACGGGGCCUCUCAUCCACAUCAGCUCACUGGUAAUAACACGCUUCCAGGGCUCUUUUUCAUGGCAGGCCUUAUGUUAAGCACACUGUACAUAUCAUCUCAACUGAUCCUCCCAACAGACCUUUGACAUCAGUAUCUCAUUAUCCUCACUUUACAGAUGAGCACCCUGAGGCCCAGACAAUGUAAGUCUCCCGCCCAAGUCACACAGCUAGCAAAGGAGGGAGUUGGAAUUUGAACCCGGGCAGUGGGCUUGGACAACCUGGCUGUUUCACCUCUGUCCUCUGCUCCCUUGUUUGGAAAGAUUGUUUACCUGUAUUAAUUACCUAGUGCAUUCCUCAAAGUUGACUCAAAUUAUGAUUCUCUUUUUAUUUCACCCGAAUAGAAUCUAUCUUAUCUAUUCUAUGUCACCACAUUAUUUACUUCUAUAUCCUGAUUUGAUUUUUAAUUACUAAAAAGGAAGCAGCGUUUGAUUUCUCUACGUGGAAAAUGAUGUUAAAAAAAAGAAGAAGAAAGCCAAAUAAUUACUUUUCACUGACUCCUGCUAUUGAGAAAAUAGGCUUCCCUCAGAAAUCCCUAAAUAGAGUAAUAGUUCACUUUUACUUGGCCUUGUCAGAGAAUAAAAUGUUCUGCAUCUGUGAUUUUUCCACAUGACUAAUCUUACCUUUUCAUAUGCCAAUUCUAAAAAAAAGUAUAUUUUCAAGUAUUUCUAAAGUGACCACUUCCUCGGCUUCUUAAGCAGAGAAUAACAAGUUUGACAAAAUCUUUCCUUUAUGACUCAGAAUCAUCAUGAUAAAUGCCUGUUAUUUUGCUAUUUAGUAACUUAAGUCUGUCUGCUUUUUAGCUGUUCUCUUUCCUUGAUACCAUAUCAUCAGCUGUCAUUUUUUCUCUUGAGUGGCUUUCCUUCUAAAAUAUUUCUCCUCAGACACUCACAUUUUUGCUAUAGCAAGUAUCUUGUGUGCUGAUAAGGAAACAAUCAGAUUAUCUAAUAGAGAUGCAUAAAAUAAAGUGGAGGCGCUCCAUUUGGGAACAUUAAUGGCUGCCCAUGGCUACUUCUUUCCGAUCUCAGAUCACGUCCUCACACUCAAGGAUGAUGGUACUUUUUACCGGUUUCAAACACCCUAUUUUUGGCCAUCAAAUUGUUGGGAGCCGGAAAACACAGACUACGCGGUUUACCUCUGCAAGAGAACAAUGCAGAAUAAGGCGCGGCUGGAGCUGGCAGACUACGAAGCUGAGAGCCUGGCCAGGCUGCAGAGGGCCUUCGCCCGGAAGUGGGAGUUCAUUUUCAUGCAAGCAGAAGCACAAGCAAAGUGAGUCCUUAGUGGACAAGAAGAGAGACAAAAUCGAAAGGAAGAUCCUCGAUAGCCAAGAGAGAGCAUUCUGGGACGUGCACAGACCUGUGCCUGGAUGUGUAAAUACCACUGAAGUGGACAUUAAGAAGUCCUCCAGAAUGAGAAACCCACACAAAACACGGAAGUCUGUCUAUGGUUUACAAAAUGAUAUUAGAAGUCACAGUCCUACCCACACACCCACGCCAGAAACUAAAGCUCCCACAGAAGAUGAGUUACAACAACAGAUAAAAUAUUGGCAAAUACAGUUAGAUAGACAUCGGUUAAAAAUGUCAAAAGUUGCUGAUAGUCUGCUAAGUUACACGGAACAGUAUUUAGAAUAUGACCCAUUUCUUGUGCCACCUGACCCUUCUAACCCAUGGCUGUCCGAUGAUACUACCUUCUGGGAACUUGAAGCAAGCAAAGAACCAAGCCAGCAGAGGGUAAAACGAUGGGGUUUUGGCAUGGAUGAAGCAUUGAAAGACCCAGUUGGGAGAGAACAGUUCCUUAAAUUUCUAGAGUCAGAAUUCAGCUCAGAAAACUUAAGAUUCUGGCUGGCAGUGGAGGACCUGAAGAAAAGACCUAUCAGAGAGGUUCCCUCCCGAGUUCAGGAAAUAUGGCAAGAAUUUCUGGCGCCAGGUGCCCCCAGUGCCAUUAACUUGGAUUCUAAGAGCUAUGACAAAACCACGCAGAAUGUGAAGGAGCCCGGACGAUACACAUUCGAAGAUGCGCAGGAGCACAUUUACAAAUUGAUGAAAAGUGACUCAUACCCACGUUUUAUAAGAUCCAGUGCCUAUCAGGAGCUUCUACAGGCAAAGAAAAAGGGCAGAAACAUCCCUAUUUUCCCAUGCCAUAAAAACUGUACACCAACACUGAGGGCCAGCACUAACCUGUUAUGAAAAGAGGGGAAAUCUCUCACAUCAAAGAGGUUAACAAGCCUUGUUCAGUCUUACUAAAAGGAUCAUCUUGUAGCAUGGAAGCAGACUGGAGUC